GCGAGUGACUUUACUCCAUUUAUUCAGGAAAUUAACGUAUCGCAGAACGCUAACCUCCUCUCGUCGUACCGUGAUAUCGCCGAUCUCGUGGUAUCACGAAGAUCGCUGAAAGAAUACCAGUAUUAGCCGUUUUGUGCGAAUUGUGCACCGCAGGAUCAUUCCGGAGGAAACCUAACCUAUAACAGCAUUUGAGGUUAUAUUUGUUUGCAUCGUUCCUUCACAGAUAGGAAAGACGUUUCUCUCUAAAGUACUCGUCCAUGUUUUAAAGCUUUUCAAGAAUUCUGCUGCAAGUGUCCACAAUAAGUUCGAGAUAAGAGCACCGUGAGUAAUCAUGCCUACUUGGAACCAGAUUCAGGCUCAGCUGCGAAACCCUAAUAACCCAGUCGUGUUCUUCGACGUAUCAGUGGGGACCACGGAGAUAGGUCGCAUGAUCUUCGAGCUAUUUGAAGAUGUCUGCCCGAAAACGUCAGAGAAUUUCCGACAGUUCUGUACUGGGGAAUACAGAAAGGACGGCGUUCCACUGGGCUUCAAAGGUGCCAUCUUCCACAGAGUGAUCAAGGAUUUUAUGAUACAAGGUGGUGACUUUGUCAACGGCGAUGGCACCGGGGUGUUGAGCAUUUACAGCGGUGGAACAUUCCCUGAUGAGAACUUCACGUUGAAGCACGACUCACCUGGUCUGUUGUCUAUGGCGAACAGUGGCAAGGACACCAACGGCUGUCAGUUCUUCAUCACGUGUGCCAAGUGUAAUUUUUUAGAUGGCAAGCACGUUGUCUUUGGUAGAGUUAUUGAUGGUCUUCUUGUCAUGAGGAAGGUAGAAAAUGUUCCUACUGGACCAAAUAAUAAACCAAAGAUUCCUGUGACAAUAUCUCAGUGUGGACAGAUGUAG